AUGCCGUCCAAAGUAAAGGUCGGCUCAUGGUUAGAAAAGAAUGAUGGAGCAGAUGCUGCCGAAGCAUACGAAUCCGGAUCAGAAAGCUCAAGCGAGGAGCAAGUGAAUGGUUACCGAGCCCAUGAUGACGAGGAAGAAGAAGAGGAACCUGUCCGCGAUGACAAUCAGGGAAAAAGAGAGGCAGAUGUUGAUUGGGAAGCCAUUGGUCCAAAAUUGAGACCAUCGUUGAUGGACAGAAGUAAGAAGCGAAGAAGGGCGUUCAUUGGGAGAUACCUUUACGUCACAGAGCAAUCUCCUCCUCCUUCGCAGGUACCGGCUGUAAUGACCGCUAUCCUCUCGUGCUUGCCUUUGCUGACUGACACCGACCAUAUCGACGACGUUGUGCCAAUACUGAGAGACCUGACGUUGAGAGAUGAGUCUAUGGAAGAAGGAUCAGAGGGCAAGCUGAAGCUAGGAGAUAAGCUUGUCAAGUGGAAUUCAAUGGAGGCUGAAAAGGCAGCUAACCCAGUAAAAGCGAUUCCUCCUCGCGCACUAUUUUCAUACCUGUUUCUUACCCUCGCCCUCCUUUCGACUCUCGCUUCUACCCGUGGACCUGCUGAGACCUUUAUUGCCUCAAGUCAAGGGCAAGACCUGCUGUUGACCCUUGCUCUUGUCCUAGACGCCAUGAGAUCAGGGGAAGAGAAGAUAGAUUAUGCCAUGAGGGUGAUUAGAAUGCGGAAGAAAGCUGGAAUCAGGACAUGGAGAGUCUUAAGAGAACUGCGGUCUGCUAUUCCCGCUAUCUUACAUUCUCUCAUAAAUCGAUCGACGCCUGUACCCUCUCGAUUGGCUGUUCUGAUCUCGCACGUGAUUGGAGUCGCACUGAGGCUGAAGCCAGCUGGAAAGGGCAAGGAUGGGAACAGCACUGAUGGAAGAGAGAUAGUGGAAAAAGAAAAGGAUAAUAUCACCACUUUCUACUCCACUCACAUCUUGGGGUCUAAAACAGCGCCAUCGAGGUUUUCUUCCACUGUCCUUUCUGAAUUCCUUGCGGAGUUUGUCACAUACGACAUGCUCGUGGAAAAACUGUUACCUCAGGCAGAGAAGAUGCUGUUGAGAUCCCCGGAAACUGCGCUUGAGCUGACUGCCGACCUUCUCAUCACCUGUCCUCACGAUAUAUCCCCAAUUCUUCCAACCAAGCUUGUUCCGUCCACCUUAUCGUCCGCAAAAUCUUCUAAUGCCGAGACAAGGGCAAAAGCCGUUGUCCUGAUGAAAGCUAUCCUCAAGCGAUGUAGUGACGAAAAAGUACAAGCGAAGAUAGCAACCGAAAUUCUUGCUCUCCCAAAGACCGGAAAAACUGCCAGUUCCGAACAUCGAAUGAUCCUUUUCACCAUGACAUCAGGUCUUACUCCUUCAGAUUCUGUUUCCUCAACAGUCGUCGACGUACUGCCGACGCUUGUCACAAAGGAGGGAAAUGAACCUGCUUUCACUGCUCUUAGUGAUGCUCUUGUUCCCCAUCUUGCCCAUCUUUUGACAUCAAACAAGACUGCGGCCUCAGCUGCAAGCUCAGCACUAGUCAAAGAGCUCAAUGCUACUAAGAUAACGACUCGGAGAGGACUGUCAAGUGCCAUAGGAGAUGCUGUCUGGAAAGUCAAGCAAUCAGGUCAACAAUUCUCUGUGGAAGGGGCGAAAUUGAUUGGUCUCCUUGCCCCUGCGUUGGAAGUGAACCUCAAGGCGGCUUCAACGAGCUUGCCCGCCAAUGCAGGUGGUUUCCUCGAGGGUUACGUAGCCCUUGCGUUAGCCUUGGGGCCACUAAGCGGUAUGCCUGCGGCAGCCAAACUUACUGGAAGCACAGCGAUGGAAGGCAUCCUUGCAGUCUCACCAAAGCCUUCAUUCUUGCUAAAUGAUAAGAUUCACGUCAAGCUACCAGCAGAGGAAGACGAGAAAUGGCUUCUUAGAUCUUUGGAAAGCAUUGUCAGCUCAGCGACAAUUAAAGUCAAUACUGGGACAUCUAGGGUUGCAAUCGGUCUUACAUUCAUUCAUCUUGCAUUUGAUGCCAAAUCGAAAUCCGUUCGACGUGACACCCUAACAGUAUUGUCUUCAUUGGUAAAGCGCAAUCCUAAACAGACUAGUCGAAUUAUCAGAGAAUCACUAAAGGUAUGGCUUAAAGCGCAUGAUGAGCGACGAUCCGCCUCGAUGCUGAAAGCCUCAGUGGAAGAUGACGACACAGUGGCAUCGAAAUCUCGAGAUAUAGGACGACUCUUAGGAGCGCUUUUCGUUCCAUCACCUGAGACAGAGCAAACUACAUUGGAAGACUUAGCGGUAGAUUUCAUAGUUCUUGCUCACCAUCCGGAGAUCAGUCCCGAUGCUCAGACUUCUUGGGUCGGUUUGACACAGAAUUUAGGACUUGAUCCAGCUGGUGUAGCGCGGAAUGAAAAAGACAGGAUCCUGAAAGCGCUCUGGGAAGCAGCGGGUACACCGCCAGAAGAUCCCAGAUUGGCAGAAGCUGCUUACAGAGCUGUCACGACACUUGCUUUCAUCUGUCCUUCUGUCUAUGUGAAGUCAGUGCUCGAAAUGCUUAGGAUCGACCUCGACCCCUCAUCUUUGGACUUCAUUGGCCUGGAAGAGAGAGGAAUUUGGGGCACUUCGCCCGGUCAACUUUUCGUAGAUGUCCUCAACCAAAAGAAGGACACUGGAGCAGAAAACAAAAAUCGAAAGGAUUAUGCUACAGAAAAGUGGGAACAAGAGAUUCGGGAAUCUCUAGCUAAAAAGAAGACUACCCAGGUUGGCGCUAAACUCUCCAAACAAGAUCAGGCACUUGUAAAUGCUCAACUUGCUAAAGAAGCAGAGACAAGGUCACAAAUUGCGAAAGUACAAGGUCAGCUCAACAGAGGAGUAGAAAUGGUCUCAGCCCUUACGAAAAGUCUAUCUGAAGACUCCAGGACACAUGUUGACGAGAUAGCGAAACUGUUAUUGGCUAGUGUAUUCAGUGUCGGACACUUUUUAAUAGAUGAGCGGGCUUUCGACGUAUUCAUCGAAUUGGGGACUCUCGCUGCUGAUAGAUUAGGAGAGACUAGAAGAAUGUUGGCAGCUGCUAUUCUGAGAAGUCACGAAGCACCUUUCAUCGCGCAAGAUUAUCUGGAAGAACCUGUAGGAGAACUUGUUACCCGAAUAAUGCACCAAGUUCAUUUCCUUGCCGAACAAACACCUUUGGACAGUACUACUUACUCUUUAACGAGCUUGUUAUUGACACAGGUUGUCUCCAGAGGAGGAGUCGGAACCAGUUCUCCUCAAAGUGAAGAAGCCCAAGAGCAGUUGACAUUGGUGGUGGCUAUUGUUGCUGCAUGUGUUGGAGAGUUCCAAGACAAUGCGUAUCCACGUCUCCAAACCAUUCGAGAUCUCCUUCAUAUCAUCGGCAAUUAUUCCAAAUUAGCCAAAGAUGCCGUAUCUGCGCUCUCAGACCUCGGUGCAGCUAUCAAAGAUGUUGCAGAUCAUGCUGAAAUUAGGGAGAUGAUUGCCGGUACCCUGUCAAAGGAUUCUAACGUUAGAAACGCUGCGUUACAAGCAUUGAAGCCUGUUGAUUUGACCGAGCUUGACUAUUCUGAAGAACUCUGGAUUGCCAUUCACGACGACGACGAACAAAAUGCAAAUCUCGCUCUACACAUCUGGGAAGACAACGGACAUGAUUUGCCUGAAACAUACUUGCAAUCCUUACUUCGUUACCUAAGUCAUGGAAGUGCGGCUGUCCGACUAGGAUGUGCUCGAGCCAUUGCGGAUGGUGCCGAACAAUUCCCUUCUCAAGUCGAACCCACCAUUCAUGGCCUCGAAGAACUUUAUGUUGAAAAGGCUAAGCUAUUGGUACCAGAAUACGACCGAUUCGGGAUGGUCAUUCCUGAAACCGUCAACCGAUCUGAUCCAUGGGAAGCACGAGUCGCAAUCGCUUACGCUCUCGAAAAAUUGGCUCCCCUCCUAUCGACUCCCCUGAUCACUCCUAUAUUCGACUUCCUAAUCAACAAAGAACCUCUCGGGGAUCGACACUCUGAAGUGAGAAGAACGAUGUUGAAUGCUGCGAUUGCCAUCAUCGACCUACAUGGUGGCGAAGCAGUCGCCGGUUUGAUGAAGAGGUUUGAAGACUAUCUUGGUACUGCUACACCGAGUUCAGAGACUGAUGAUUACAUCAAAGAAGCCGUUGUCAUUCUGUUCGGUCGGUUAGCUCGACAUCUGGAUCCUACCGAUUCUCGAAUACCCCAGGUAGUAGAUCGAUUAGUGGACGCUCUAAAUACACCCUCGGAGCUGGUUCAAUCGGCAGUAGCAGAUUGUUUGCCACCAUUGGUUGCCGGUAUGGCAGAAGAAGUAGAAUACCUUGUCGACGGACUUUUCUCUACUUUGACCACUGGUGCUAAAUAUGCAGCCAGACGAGGCGCUGCUUAUGGUCUUGCCGGAGUCGUCAAAGGAAGGGGAUUAUCAAGUCUAAAGGAAUACGAAUUACUGGAGAAACUGAAGGAUGCAAGCGAAGAUAAGAGUGCUUAUCAAGGCAGACAAGGAGCUCUUUUCGCUUAUGAGACUUUGACUUCCACUCUUGGCAAAAUCUUUGAACCUUAUAUUAUCGAGAUCGUUCCCCAACUAUUGACAGCGUUUGGCGACGGAAAUAGCGAUGUCCGAGAAGCUACCCAGGAUGCCUCAAAGGUCAUCAUGUCUAAAAUAUCCGGUCAUUGUGUCAAAUUGAUGCUACCAACACUGCUCGGCGCAUUGGAAGAAAAACAAUGGAGAACGAAGAAGGGUGCUAUCGAGUUAUUGGGUGCAAUGGCUUUCUGUGCCCCUCGACAAUUAUCAGUUUCUCUGCCUACUAUCAUCCCUCACCUUACUGGCGUAAUUAACGAUUCUCACGCUCAAGUGAAAUCGGCAGCUAAUACCAGCUUGAAACGAUUUGGUGAAGUCUUGAACAACCCCGAAGUCAAGGCUAUACAGAGCACAUUGAUGAAAGCUCUUGCGGAUCCUACUGCCAAAACCAAUGCUGCCUUAGCGGCUUUGCUCAAGACUACUUUCGAGCACUACCUUGAUGCACCUUCACUUGCUUUAGUCAUGCCAAUCAUUGACCGAGGAUUGCGACAACGAUCUUCCGAAACCAAACGAAAAGCUGCUCAAAUUGUUGGAAACAUGGCUUCGCUGACUGAGACUCGCGAUCUGGUACCCUACCUUAAUGAGCUCAUGCCACUUGUCCAUGAGGUCUUAGUCGAUCCUGUCCCAGAAGCCCGAGCUACUGCAGCUAAAUCAUUAGGUACAUUGGUAGAGAGACUAGGAGAAGCAAACUUCCCAAAUCUCGUUUUCGAUUUGUUACAGACUCUUCGAUCAGAUACCAGCGGUGUGGAUCGACAAGGUGCAGCCCAAGGUUUAUCUGAAGUACUUUCAGGUUUAGGUAUGGAGAAAUUAGAGGGAUUGUUACCGGAAGUGAUCUCGAAUACAGCAAGUCCAAGACCUUAUGUCAGAGAAGGUUUUAUCUCCCUCUUGGUUUACUUGCCUGCUACUUUCGGUCAUCGAUUUGCUCCUCACUUAGGAAGAGUUAUUCCGCCUAUCCUCAAUGGUCUUGCUGAUGACUCAGAAUAUGUACGAGAAGCAUCUAUGCGUGCCGGAAAGAUGAUCAUUGCCAACUACUCAACCAAAGCCAUUGACUUGUUGCUACCCGAACUGGAGAAGGGAAUGAUCGAUGCUUCUUGGAGAAUCAGACAAUCGUCCAUCUCUCUUACUGGAGAACUUCUGUACCGAGUUACCGGUAUCAGUGGUAAAGUCGAAUUGGAAGAAGACGAAGCUCCAGCUCAAUCUGCGGAUGCUGCUCGACGAGCACUUCUCGAAGCUCUUGGUCAAGAGAGAAGAGACAGAGUCUUGGCAACAUUAUACAUUGUCCGACAAGACAAUGUAUCCGUGGUCAGACAAGCUUCUAUACAUAUCUGGAAGGCUCUUGUCCAGAACACUCCUCGAACCACCAGGGAAAUCUUACCUGUACUCAUGCAGAUCCUCAUGUCGCUCUUGGGCAGUCCUGAGAUUGAUCAGCAGGAGACCGCUUCCCGAACGCUCGGAGAAUUAUGCAGAAAGAAUGGUGAACGAAUCUUUGGCGAGAUCAUCCCAAUCUUGCAAAAAGCUAUCACGACACCCGAUGCUCGAACCAAAGAAGGUGCUUGUUUGGCCUUUGCAGACGUCAUGGCUGCUACCAACAAAGAAGUCAUCUCAGACCACGAAGAUGCCAUCAUCUCAUCUGUUCGAGCUGCUCUUGUCGAUACUGAGGCGUCUGUCAGGGCCGCUGCUGCCAGGACCUUCGAUGCCAUGCAACAUUACAUGGGUGCAAAGGCUAUCGACCAGACUAUCCCAACGUUACUGGAGGCUAUGCGAAACCCUGGCGAGACAUCCGAGACCGCUCUGAAAGCCUUGCAAGAAGUCAUGAGUGUUCGAGCAAACAGCGUCUUCCCUGUCCUGAUCCCUACCCUUAUCGCUCAACCCAUUACAGCUUUCAAUGCCCGAGCCCUUGGUCAAAUUGUCAAGGUCGCUGGUUCAGCACUCAACAAACGACUUGAUACUGUGUUGGGUGCGUUGGUCAAAUCGCUCGAAAAGGAGAAGGACGAAAGUAUCCUUUUGGAGCUCAAUUCGGCUAUAGAGUCAUUACUCGCUUCAGUCGAAGAUCCCGACGGAGUUCAUCUGUUGGAGAUGCUUCUCAUUGGAUGGGCUAAAGACGUCAACCCUGUACGAAGAGCCACAGCUUGUGAUAUCUUCGGUACUAUGUGCCAAGUCAACGAGGCUGACACGACUGAGUAUCGAGUCGACUGGAUCCGAAUCCUCAUUUCCUUAUUCGACGACUCUACAGAAGAAGUGGUCGAGGCUGCUUGGAAAGCACUUGAUCAAUUCGUUAAGACUGUUGACAAGGACGAGCUUGAAGAUUUGGUCGUCCCUCUAAGGCGAAGUAUCGAAUCUUCCGGAUCACCUGGAAGGACGGUGUCUGGUUUCUCACGACCAAAAGGUGUUCAAUCGAUUGUACCUAUUUUGUUGGCGGGUGUAUUAAGUGGUACUCAGGAACAAAGGGAACAAGCUGCUUUAGGUAUUGGAGAAUUAGUACAACGUACAAGUGAAACUGCUAUCAAACCUUAUAUCAUUCAACUGACUGGUCCACUCAUCAGAGUGAUAUCAGGUCAAGCUAUCGCUCCACAAAUCAAAUCUGCUAUCUUGCUCACGCUUACUGUCUUACUCGAAGAAGUACCUCAGCUUGUCAAACCUUUCCAUCCUCAACUCACAAGGACCUUUGUCAAAUCAGCUUCUGAUCCAGCAGCUGUAUCAGUCAGAAACCGUGCUGCAGCAGGUUUGGGUGCCUUGAUGAAGCAUCAGCCUCGUGUCGAUCCAUUGAUCACAGAACUUAUUGGAGGUAUUCGAUCGGGCGAUAAUGAAAUAGCACCUUCCAUAGCCAAUGCGUUAGCAUCAGUAUGUAAGAGUGCCGGUAAAAAUAUCGGUGCGGGUGCGAAAGCGCAAAUCGUCGAAUUGGUUGAAGAAGCAUUUACAGCUGGACGUAAUGAAAAUUACAAUACAGCGAUAUCACGUAUAAUAUCGGGAUUAGCAUUUUCCGAUUCUGAAUCCAUACAAUCAAUCGUCGAAACUUUCUUAGCUGCCCCUACGCCCCCAACGGCAUUAGUCAGUCUGAUGAUACUGAAUGUUUUAGAAGAAUCAUCAGAUACGUUCUACGACUUAGAUGUAGUUGAAGAUAUAACUAAAAAGGUUAUGAUCUCAAUUUCAGGUGAUGGACCUUCGGUUCAACGGCCCGCAAGAGAAUGUAGAGAACUGUUAAGAAAAGGUCGGUAUGGUGAUGAUGAUAGAGUACAAGCUAUACUUAGAUAA